AAUAGUUUUCCAAUUUAACGAAUAAUAUAGAAUUUAAUUUACUGUGAUGCUUCUGUUACAGAACGAGGUGACAAUCGCUUACGCACUGAGGUACAACAGCAGUUAGUUACCAAACCUGCUUCAGAGACAUCAUUAUCCCCUGUUACAGACGCAAGCUACACAGAAGACCAGUCUUUUUUAUCUGUCGGUGGAGAUUCGAGUACUGCAGAUGAAGAUAUACUUCCUGAAGGAACAAGCGACCGAUCGCAGGCGGUACUACACGGAGUCCCAUCAGAAAGAAUGCCAGGCCAAACAGGAAUGAUGGACGAAGUUGACGGAUCAUCUGAACAAAUGCUAGCUAUUUCCAGCAUGGACAAUGACAGAAAAAACGAUGCAGCUGGAGAACUUCCCACUCGUCGAAACCACAUCAGUAUUUCAGAUGAUAACGAUUUGAGCAUGGAUACCUUUCAACUGACUUUACGUACUGGUGCAGAAAAUGCUAAUGAUCGAUUAGAGUCAAGACCAGACACACUCGAGGCAAGCAAAGAUGUGCCAAUGCUUUCUGUGAGAUCAUUUGAGGAAGAUGAAAGUAUUGAAGUGUCUGCAGGUUCACUUGAUCCAGACCAGACAAAUCCAAAAUACAUACAGUCAGAAUCCGGUCAUACAACGCCGUCAGAAAACACUCCAAGUCCUGACAGAAAAGUUUUUCUUCAGAAUCAGACUGAAGAACUUCAGAAUAAGACUGAUGACGACAAAAUCUUUUCACAUGAUUCAGGAUUACAUUCUGAAACUAAGCCUGUUACAGUAACAUCUGGACUUUGUGCAGCAUCAAACGCUGAUAAUGAAAAAGAUUCUGGUUCUUCUAGAAAUGAUGAAACGAAACAAUCUGAGGACGCAAAAAGUGGACUUGGAGCCUUUAUUUCCAUAGUUGCUAACUCUAUUUUCAAUAGCCACUUAGCAUUCAAGUGACUGAUAUACAUGUUGAGUGAUAUUGUUUUAAAAUCUGUUCAAGGAAAAUUAUCAGAUAUUGCAACCUUUGUUAAUCGACGCGUUAAAGUAAUUUACACAUUAUAGUAUUACUUGAGA